UUCGUCUUCUUGACAUUGGACCCUUGCAUUGGACCGAGGUGCAUGUCGCAGCGACAGUGACAAGGAAUAUUUGCUAAUCAUUGGAUACUAAAACCGUGGAUAUUUUUGGAAAAGCAUGCAGAAAUCUUGAAAUGAGAGUGUGAGAUGGUAUCACUUCCGAAAGUGAGGAUAAUUAUCACUGCCUCGUUGAUGAAUACAAGCAGAACGGGUCUCAGGAGUAGCUGCUGCUGCAUUCAUAAACACUUCUUUAGGACUCACAACAACCCCUGAGCUUUGUUUUGGGGUCACAAAACACCACAUAUUCCUGUUGUGCACGUGGGCUGACAAUGGCUGAAAAAGGUAAAAUGAACAUAGAGCAUCUCGGCGGAGUUGCCAGGCUCCGAGAGGAAAACGAGAAGGUGGUGAAAGACUGUGAAAGUCGGAUUCAACACUGGCAAAAGGUGUCAGGUGACUACGAAGCCCUGAAUAAGCGCCUUAAAACUCUUCCAGAUCAGCUGUCUUAUGACAUCAUGGUGCCGUUUGGCCCUUUGGCCUUCAUGCCGGGGAAGCUGGUACACACAAACGAGGUCACGGCGUUGCUUGGCGACAACUGGUUCGCCAAGUGCUCCGCCAAGCAGGCUCAGAAAGUCGUCGACCACAGGAUGAAAUACGUGAAGCAUGAACUUGAGGACCUGUCAAAGACCAUGAAAAACUUUGAAGCCAGAGUUGGGCUUGCGAAGGAUUUGGAAACCAUCUCAUCCAGUAAAGGGGACUACGUUGACAUCAGAGAAGACACAGGAGGCAGUGAAACUCCUGUCACAAAAGGAAAGCAAAGAAUAGCUCACAAACCAAAUUCUGUGCCCAAGAUGGAUGCCGUACUGGACCUAAAAGAGGAGAAUGAAGGAGAGAGCGGAGAUGGAGGGAGCAGAAACGGCACCUUGACUGAGGAAGAGUUGUGGGCUAGAUUGGAUGAACUCGAGAAACUGGAGGAGCUACAAGAUGAGCAAGAUAGAUUAUCAGAUAAUGCAGACAUGAAUGGCGAGGACACGUCAUCCAUUUCCUCCGAAGAGGAGAAGGAAGGAGAUGCCUCACCCCCGGUAAAUGGACUGAGUCUGAAGCCCAGCUGGACAGCCCGGCCUCGCAGUAAAGCGCCACCGAGCGCAGACAGGAAAGCGGGAGAAGACGACGAGGAAGAGCAAGAGGAAGGCACAUGCUUGCCUACCAUCUUUUUCUCUCACACAGUCGAACCCAAGAAGGUGAGGAUAAACACAGGAAAAAACACCAUGUUCAAGUUCAGUGAAAGGAAAGAGCAGAAGGAACACUCGAAGAGGAAAAAGAAAAACGGCCAUAACAACGGCCACUCGCAUCACGAACUUCACAAAAUCACCACACCAGUGGACAUUUACAGGUUGUUCGUGGAUGUGAAGAACGGGGAACCCGUCCCCAGGAAGUCCAUCCUAAAGUCUCGCAGCCGAGAGAACAGCGUGUGCAGCGACACCAGCGAGAGCAGCGCAGCGGACUUCGAGGAGCGCCGGGUGAUUGGACGCAGCUUCAGCCACGACGAGGCGACGCACAGCGACACCAGCGAUGGCAUUACGGAGGAGGACAGUCUCACGGCGGCCCCGCUGCACCCCGCCAGCCGAUUCGAGGCCUUUUCCGGAACAGUGGUAGAAAAGGACCCGAUGCCUUCGGCUAUCCCCCAUCUGACCAUCGCGCCACCCGCUCUGCCAACCAUACUGGAGAGGAAACAGGAGGAGGUGGCGUCUGACGUUGUCCCGCCCCAGCAAGCCCCGAAAAGGGUUUCCAAGUUUAAAGCUGCCAGAUUGCAACAGGUGUGACUGUUGACGAGCAAAUAUCCAUAUUUCACAAAAACUUGCUUUUUUUAAAGUCUGUUUCUUUUCUACAACUGAUGAACUGCACAAACCACCCGCUCCUCUCCUCUUCUUUCUUUCACCUUUGUCCAUACAGGAUUUAGUUUGUUGAGUAUGACCUUUCAUUGAGAAAAAGUGCAGUAGCAACGCUGUGUGUAACACUGCUUUUUAACAAGCUCCAAACCCUAGUAAAUGCAGUCUCUUUUGAUAUCCACUCCUACACUAAGAGUUUUGUCUAUCUUUCUGUGGGGCCUUUUUUAAACCGACUGCUUUCUGUCAUAUGGUUACCCAUCUUCUGCGUUACUGUUGAUCGAUGUUGAUGAUGCUUAGGUAAGACUCAAAGCUACUCUUAGAAUCGGUCGUCUUGUUUUGUUUCUUUUUUCUAAGUCAUGAUUAAUAGGCAGAAUCAGGUGUCUGCUAGCUGUCAUAUUACCUUCACUCGACCCGCCUAAUGAAUGUAUGUAUUCCUUUGUGACGAGCUUUAUGUAAAGACAAAAAAAGAAUACUGAUGGAAACUAAAAGGAAAAUAAACGAUUUUGGCUACAA